UCUUUCGGUUUCCCUCCAAUUUUCUGAGAUAACCAAACUGAUGUUCGUUUUAUUUGUCCACUAUUAUAGUAUAGUCACAGAUUAAAUGAAAAUAAUUUUCAUAUAAUCUGUGGUAUCGUUAAUUUGAAAUUUCGAAUUAUUUCUCCCAACCCGUAUCCAUAUGGUUGGCAAUUGACGUUAGACAUCCGAUGAAUUUCGCGUUUUGUUCCCUUACAGAAUCGCGUAUCAGUGGCUAACAAAUACGGCCCGUAGCGUGUUACUAAUUGACAAUCUUCUUAAAAACCUAUAAUUUUUCUACUCUCAUCGAAGAUUCAACUGGAUUUGUGGCUGAUAUAGUUUGAAAUUGCCACAAAUUAGUCAUUCGUUUGUGACUGCCUAAACUGAAAACCUGGAAUAUCGGAGUAUAAUAAAAAUUGCAACAUGAACCAAGAAAAUAUUUUGAGCAACAUUUCUUAUUCAAAUAGUCAAAAUGAUAUAAAUAAUGAAGAUUGUUUUUUCCCAAAAGAAAUAUUAUUAGAAGAACAGCGUUUAAAAGAAGAACAUACAGAAGAAGAUGAAAAGACUGUGAUAAAUGAUUUGAAUGAAAAACAAAGGAAGGAAAGAUUUCAAAAUUUGCUUACACUUUUAGAAAAUAGUACAAAAUUAACCAAUGUUUUUGAAACCAGAUUAAAAAAAUGUAAACUUCAAAUUAUCAAGAAAGAACAAGAAAAAGCUAAUAAAAUGAAAGGAAAAAUACCAAGUAAAACAAUGAAUUCUCUUAAAAUUGAAAAUGGUAACGAAGAAGAUAAUUACUUAAGUUUAUUUCAACAACCAAAAUUAUUUAAAGGACAUCUUAAGAACCAUCAGAUUGAAGGUCUUUUAUGGAUAAGAACUUUGUUUGAAAAUGGUUUAAACGGAAUUUUAGCUGAUGAAAUGGGACUUGGAAAAACUAUACAAACCAUAGCUUUUUACUGUUUUCUUAUAGAAAUGGGAAUUGGUGGACCAUUUCUUGUAGUUGCACCUCUCUCUACUGUUCCCAACUGGUUGUUGGAAUUUUCUAAAUUUUCUCCUGAAAUACCUACAUUACUAUAUCAUGGUCCAGAAAAAGAACGUUUUAAAUUACGAUCUAAAUUUAAAGAAACUUCUAAAGUAAAAAAUUUUAACUGUUAUCCAGUUAUUAUAACUACUUACGAAGUUCUUCGUUUUGAUAUAAACUUUUUAAAAAGUAUCAAAUGGAUGUAUAUAACAAUUGAUGAAGGACAAAAGUUGAAAAACAUUAAUGCUAUAAUUUCCAACUGUAUGCGCAAACUUGAUUGUUCCAAUAAACUCUUACUUACUGGAACACCCAUUCAAAAUGAUAUGUCUGAAUUAUGGUCAUUAUUAAAUUUAUUGAUGCCAAAAAUAUUCAGUAAAUUAGAAGAUUUCAAUUCUUGGUUUUUAGUUGAAGAUUUUUUUGGCUCCAAUGAUGAAAUUGCUAAUUUGGCUAAAAAAGAUGAAAUUUUGAAUAUCAUAUUAAAGAUACUAAAGCCAUUUAUUUUAAGACGGGAAAAAAUAGAAACAGAUUUAAACUUGCCACCAAAGAAAGAAGUUCUUAUUUAUGCUCCCCUCACAGAAGUACAACAACAUUUAUAUAAAGCAACAUUAAAUAAACAAUUAGAUAUACUUCUGAAGAAGGAAGAGGAAUCCGACAUAAUACAAGGAAAGCCUAAACGAAGAUGUGUUGAAUGUAUUGAAAAAUAUACAGAUCUUUUUGCUAUUAAAUCAGUACAAAAGCCAGAGGUUGAAACUGAAAAAACUGCCAUCACAUUAGCUAUGACUGAACCUAUGAUUCAAUUAAAGAAAAUUGCUAAUCAUCCAUAUCUUGUUCAUAUGCCCUUAAUUCCAGGAACAAAUAAUAUUCUUGUUGAUGAAAAUAUUGUUAAAGUUAGUGGAAAAUUUCAAGUUUUGGAUGCUAUGUUAACAAAAUUAAAAACCCUUGGUCAUAAGGUGCUUCUAUUUUCUACAAUGGUUCAAAUAUUAGAUGUAAUUCAUGAAUUUUUGAUCUUGCGUAACUAUAAAUUUACCAGAUUAGAUGGUACAAUGAAUAUUCUACCUAGAGUGAAUGCAAUAAAUACAUUCAACAAUGAUCCAGAUUAUUUUUUAAUGAUAAUUUCCACACGUGCUGGUGGGCUUGGCUUAAAUUUAACUGCUGCAGAUACUGUUAUAAUAUUUGAUAGUGAUUGGAAUCCACAAUCUGAUCUACAAGCCCAAGAUAGGUGUCAUAGAAUGGGACAAUAUAAACCAGUUGUUGUGUACCGUUUUUGUACUAAAAACACAAUUGAUGAAAACAUAAUAGCACGUGCUGGUGCAAAGAGAAAAUUGGAAAAAAUAAUUAUUGGAAGUGGUACAUUCAAUAGAACUUCAAAAUUAACUAUAUCAGGAAUUGAAGAACUAAUUCAAUUAUUAGAAUCAUCUGAUUAUAAUAACAAAAUACAUUCAAAUGGAUUUAUUUUUACUGAUGAAGAAUUAGAUGCUAUUUUAGACAGAUCUGAUAUGUUUGAAUCGGCACCAAAAAUAAUUGCUGCUCAAUCUUCUAACCAUUUUAAAGUUUUAAAUUCCUCCUAAAGGUCUAAUUAAUUAUAAGUUAUUUAAUGUUUAUAGUUUCACAGUAUU